AUGGGUGCUGCAAAGGCAUUAGGCUUCCGCUGGUCUGGUCCCCCAGUGGCUCUGAUCGCCUUGGGAAGUGGAGCCCUCUACUCGUCUCGGGAGCGGACGCAGUCCCAGAGACAGGCGUAUCUCCAGGCAGAUCAACAGGCAUGGUUUUCCACCUCAUCCUUGCUCGCGGCCGAUAGUGGUGGCCAGGGGUCCAAGUAUGGCAGCUCGAGCGGGUCCAAUGCGUCGUCGUCAUCUUCCGAGAACUCCCAAGACUCGGCGUCAAUAUGGACCAGCAUCCUGCAGAAAUUAGACGGAGUGAAGCACUCCGUCGGCUCGGCGGACUGGAUGGAAAUCGAUCAUUUGAAGAACUAUAUCAUCCCGGACUGGACCCACUUCCUCCCCGCGACGAUGCAGAAACUCCAGCGCGAGCUGGAUAUGGCCCCCGGGUCCCUUGCGGAUGACAUCUGGAAAGAGGCUCAUGAUCCCGACCUCAAUCCGGAGAUAUUGCGUGAGGCCAAGGUUCGCGUGAGUGACAAGCUUUGCGAUGACGAGAUGGUGUUUCGGCGGAAGAGACGGGCGCAUGCGGCGCACGCCCUUGCGUCGUACUUGGGCAUCCCGGCAGAGGAUAUACACCCGGACGAUGUCCCGACCAUUGCCGUGUGCGGCUCCGGAGGUGGUUUGCGCGCCCUUGUCGCCGGAACGGGGUCGUAUCUGGCGGCCAACGAGGCCGGUCUUUGGGACUGCGUGACAUACACCGCCGGCGUCAGUGGCAGUUGCUGGCUGCAGACGCUGUAUCACUCGUCUAUCACAGGACACAACUUCAAUAAAUUGGUCGACCACUUGAAGAACAGGCUGAAUAUACAUAUCGCAUUCCCGGCGAAAGCGCUUGACCUUCUCACCACCGCUCCGACCAAUAAGUAUCUCCUGCGAGGUCUGGUCGAAAAACUGAAAGGCGAUCCUGGGGCAGAUUUCGGCCUGGUGGAUAUCUACGGCCUACUUCUAGGUGCGCGGUUGUUCGUUCCCAAGGGAGAGCUCGCCGUCUCCGAUGACGAUCUCAAACUGUCCAAUCAACGGUACGGUCUCGCUACCGGAGCGCACCCCCUCCCGAUAUAUACGGCCGUUCGUCAUGAAAUCCCCAUGCUUAGCGAUGACGACGGACCACCAAAGCGUCAACCGACCCCAGAAGCCCUGAUCAAGAAGUCCAAACAAGAGGCAUGGUUUCAAUGGUUCGAGUUCACGCCGUAUGAGUUCUUCUGCGAGGAACUAAACGCCGGGAUUCCGACAUGGGCACUUGGGCGACACUUCAACCAAGGGAAAGACACCACUCUCGAUCAGGAUCUUCCCACCCCCGAGUUCCGAGUGCCCGGUCUGAUGGGCAUCUGGGGAAGCGCCUUCUGCGCCACCCUGUCCCACUACUACAAGGAGAUCCGGCCCCUCGUGAGAGGCAUAGCAGGAUUCGGCGGCAUCGACUCCCUCAUCCAAGGCAAGUCGAAAGAUCUAGUCCGCGUCCACCCGAUCGACCCCGCCACGAUUCCCAACUACGUCCUCGGCAUGCGGGACCAACUGCCCUCGACGUGCCCCGAAUCCAUCCUCCAGAGCCAACACCUCCGGCUUAUGGACGCAGGCAUGAGCAAUAACCUGCCCAUCUACCCCCUCCUGCGCCCCGGCCGAGACGUCGACGUCAUCGUCGCAUUCGACGCCUCAGCAGACAUCAAGCAGGAGAACUGGCUCUCAGCGGUCGACGGCUACGCCCGCCAGCGCGGCAUCAAAGGCUGGCCCAAGGGCGCCGGCUGGCCCCAAGCAGGCGCAACCGCCAAGGAAAACGCCGAAGCCCUCCGCGAACCGCAAAACAUCACGCAGCGAGCCCUCGACGAGAAGAUCCAAGAAGCCAAGGCCAACGACCACCCAUCCAACAACAGCAAACCAGACCCAGCGACAAAAAGCCCCCACGAAACAGACCUCGACUACUGCAACGUUUGGGUUGGCACGACGCAAGAAAAAGUCACCGACGAAGAACCGCCCCCCUCAAAGCGCCUCUUCCACCCCGCCGACGCAACCGACCACGCCGAAUCUGACUUCCACCUCAUGCGCCCCGACGCCGGCGUCGCCGUCGUCUACUUCCCGCUCCUCCCCAACGACGACGCCCCGGACCUCCCGCACCCCCAAGCACCCACCAAACCACCCCUCCCCGCCAAAAAGGCCGCUGGCCCUCUCUCCCCCGACGAAGCCAAGCUUCUCAACCCCCACCCCCGCGCCAUCAACCCCGACGUCGAUGACUUCCUCUCCACGUGGAACUUCGUCUACUCUCCGGGACAGAUUGAUUCGGUGAUCGGGCUCGCCAAGGCGAACUUCGCUCGCGGCGAGGACCAGGUUAAACGCGUUGUGAGAGCCGUUUAUGAGCGCAAGAAAGCAGACCGCUUGCGGCGCGAGGACGCCGAGUGUCGGCAGAAGUUGGAGGGGUUCGUGCCUCUUUGA